GUCGCAUCGAGAGGGAGGAAUGGUCGAGAUCGUUUAUCAAAGGUAUCUACUCCAUACAGUGCGCGCGGUGGUACCACGGCAUAGAGUGCAAGCAGAGGGAGAAGUAGUAGGCCCGUGGUGUGCACAGAGAUAGAGAAAGAGAGAGAGAGGCGAGAACAGCGCGACGGAACGCAGCCAGGUUAGAAGCAGGGAAUAGAUAGGGACGGAAGCAGAAGGCGGGACAUGAAGAAAGAGAGGGAGGAAAAAAUUGGAAGGCUCGAGAACGGCGAAAUUCUUUGAUUUCCCGCGGCUAUUCGAUUCAGGAGAUGCGAUAUCUACGCGUGGGGGAGGCGGUGGACGCCGGUGGGGUUCGAAUCGUGUGUUCUAAUUGGUCAACGUCCACUAGGUGUUUGUGGCUAAGUGUCGCGAGUUCGGCAGCAUUUCCAACAGUAGCAGCGAGACCGGCGUGCGAGCUUUUGCUUGUGUUUCAUCGAUCGCGAUCGAGCCAUUGAGAACCAGAUCUCGCCGCUGCCGCCGUCUACCAGCAUCAUCAUGUCCACUAACGGCGUUCUCAUGAACCGCAAGUCCGACGUGAAGAGGCCCGAGGUGUUCGAGACCGAGGUAUCCGUGCCAACUGCAUGGGUGGGUUCGCGUCAUGUAGUCACCCUGAUGUUGUUUCUUGGCAUGGCUAACGCGUACGUGAUGAGGACGAACAUGUCUGUGGCGAUCGUUGCGAUGGUCAAUCACACCGCCAUCACCGGAGAGCAGGAUGCCCCGACGAACGAGUACGGAUACCACUAUGAGAAUGCUUCCUCCACGGCAACCAGCCAUCACGCAGGAAGCAGCAGCGACGGAGAAUUCGUGUGGGAUAGCACGAAACAGGGCUACCUGCUGAGUUCGUUCUUCUACGGCUACGUCAUUACGCAAAUACCAUUCGGUAUACUCGCAAAACGUUACGGAUCCAAGUACUUUCUCGGGGUCGGUAUGCUGAUCAACUCGGUGUUUGGACUGCUGGUUCCCGUAUCGGCGCGUGCUGGCUACUAUUGGCUCAUGGUCGUCCGAUUCAUUCAAGGCCUGGGCGAGGGUCCAAUUGUGCCUUGCACGCACGCGAUGCUGGCCAAGUGGAUACCGCCGAACGAGCGCAGCAGGAUGGGAGCCUUCGUGUACGCCGGCGCUCAAUUUGGCACCGUGAUCUCGAUGCCAUUGAGCGGUAUUUUGUCUGAGUACGGUUUCGACGGUGGCUGGCCGUCCAUUUUUUACGUAUUCGGUGCCGUUGGAACCAUCUGGUGCGUUGCCUUUCUUAUCUUGGUCUAUGAAGACCCGGAGAGUCAUCCCCGUAUCGCUGAGGACGAAAGAAAAUACAUCCUGAGCGCAUUAUGGGGUAGUGCUGGAGCUUCCUCUCCUCCAGUACCGUGGCUCUCGAUCGUCAGCUCGCUACCAUUCUGGGCUAUCCUGAUGGCGCACAUGGGCCAAAACUACGGAUACGAAACGCUGAUGACCGAGCUGCCCACAUUUAUGAAGCAAAUUUUACACUUUGACAUUAAAUCGAAUGGCACCGUUUCCUCCCUUCCAUAUCUGGCCAUGUGGAUAUUUUCAAUGGUGAUCUCUCACGUUGCCGACUGGAUGAUCUCCAGUGGCAAAUUCAAUCACACGAUCACGCGAAAAAUCAUCAACAGUAUCGGUCAAUUUGGGCCAGCGAUCGCACUAAUCGCCGCCUCCUUUACCGGUUACAACCCGUGGUUAACCGUGGCAAUCCUGACUGUUGGUGUAGGCUUCAACGGUGGUAUCUACUCUGGAUUCAAGGUGAACCAUUUGGACAUUUCGCCACGGUUUGCUGGCGUACUCAUGUCCUUUACAAACUGCCUGGCAAAUCUUGCUGGCCUGCUUGCGCCCAUCACCGCCGGAUAUAUAAUAGUUGGAACGCCUACCCAAGAGAAAUGGAGACUAGUAUUUAUGAUCUCGGCAGGCGUGUACAUCGUGUGCGCUCUCUUCUACAUAAUAUUUGGAUCCGGUCUGCGCCAGCCCUGGGACAAUCCGGACAAGGACGAAGAGAGGCAGCACGAGAAGCAAACCUUGGAAAGCAUCAAGACCGUCAGCGAAACGCAACAUUGACCUGGCAAUGUGUGUUGCUUGCCUUUUCCCUCGUCCGCAUUUUCACCACGUGUUCUUUUUUUCUUAUUCUUCUUCAUCUUCUUCACUCCUGGCACUCGAGUUAUGAUGCGUGAGAUGAUCGACGUCGCGCACGCACCUAUUUUCUUUCUCUUCUCCUCGCCUCUAAUCCCUCUUCUGUUGGUAAGGGCUUCCAAGCACAUUUGACAACGAUAGCAUUCGAGGGCAAGAGAGAGAGAGAGACGGAGGGAGAGAGAAAAUGUGUGUGUUUGUGCGCGUUGAGAGUCCACUAGAAAGAGGCGCAUGCGCGAACGCUAGAUCAAACGAAUAUAUACGAGAAAGAAGAAACGGACGGCGUAAUCUGCAAAAGGAAAAAGACGCACGCUUGAGAGCAGAACGCCGCAAUGGAUCAUUCAGUUUCUUCUUCCGGCACAUGCAAGAGGAGCCAUAUUUUUGCAGUUUGUUCUUCGCUCUUGCGCCAACUUAAAUCGCACACAAAUAUUUGUGCAACAAGUAAGUCGAAUCGAAUGUCACGUUUCUAUAUAAUCUACAAACAAGCCAAGGAACGAACAUGCCUGUGUCUGCUGCUGCUGCUGCUGUGCUGUGUGCGUGUACGAAAGAUAGGGAGGGAGAGAAUGAUAAGCUUGUGAUAAAGCGAAUAAACCAGUCGUAGAGAGAGUAAGAGAAAGAUUUUGGGAGGGGAAGGUGGAGUAAGUGUGGUGGGUGAGAGGGGGGUGGAGAGAAAGCAGAUAAUUUUACAUUUUUAUAGUAUGUGUGCGCAUGCGUACGCGUGUGCGUGACUUCAUUUCGUUUAACGGAGAUUACGUGUGCCUUGACAGGAUCGAACCGAGUCAGAAUAAAAAUCACACCGAAGUUUCUUCGAUCCUAACGAGUUCAUUUCAACGCGUCUCAUUUUCUUAAUUUCCGUCGAAUUCGCUCGAACAUCGCAUCGUUUGAGCAAUCCGUGAUGCACUUGUCAAGUGCAACGCGUUCGAAACGCAACGUCCUGUUCGUGGCGAAGAAACGGACGAGUGCGACACCAGUAU